AUGCGGUCACUGAGUUCAGCCAGCAGCAGCAGCAAAGACAAGAUGGGAAAGGAAUCCAUAGAAGGUUCUGCAUUAUCCUUGUCUGAUCUAAGAACGUACAAUGACAGUGAACUUACAUCAGAACUCACCAGUGCACUGAAAAGGGAAAAGAAGCUGAAGUCCAGAGCACAGGAGCUGGUUAGCGCCUUAGAGAGACUCACUAAAAGUAGUGAGAUCCGACACCAGCAAUCUGCAGAAUUUGUCAAUGAUCUGAAGAGAGCCAACAGUAACCUAGUAGCAGCAUAUGAGAAGGCAAAGAAGAAGCAUCAGAAUAAGCUGAAGAAGUUGGAGUCACAGAUGAUGGCCAUGGUGGAGAGACAUGAGACCCAAGUGCGGAUGCUGAAGCAGAGAAUAGCAUUACUAGAAGAGGAAAACUCCAGACCUCAUGCCAAUGAGACAUCACUGUGA